UCAAAGAUGAGUUUCAAUUACUACUACUAUCCGGAAAAGUAAACAAAGACUAUACGGCUCUUGGUCAAACAAGCAUCAUGUUGCAAGACGAAGACGAACAAGAUCAUAAAUAUCGAUGGGCUGCCAGUGGAUACGAGAAAACAUGGGAAAUUGUAGGGGAAGACGAGUCUGGCCGAAUCGAGCCAUCGGUAACAGAAAUGAUCCAGCGGGCAAGAAGACGAAGAUUAUUGGAGCGAGAAGCCAGUGUGAGAUUAGGAAUUAUGCGUCAUGUUUUUGUUAUAUUAGACAUGUCUCAGGCAAUGAGUGAACAAGACUUUAAACCUACAAGACAGAUCUGUUUACUUAAGAUUCUAGAAGAUUUCAUCAAAGAAUUCCAUGAUCAAAAUCCAAUAAGUCAGAUGGGCUUGAUAACAAUGCAGAAUAAAACAGCCAAGCCAUGCAGUAGUCUUAGUAAUAAUCCCCAAAGACACAUGGAGGCUAUCAAAAAACUAUUAGAUUCUCCAUGCCGAGGUGAGCCAUCAAUACAGAAUGCAUUAGAUGUAGCCUUAUCUUCUUUGCGCCAUCUUCCACGACAUACUUCGAGAGAGGUGUUGAUUAUUUAUGCAGCUUUAACAACCUGUGACCCUGGAGAAAUUGAAAAUACUGUAAAGAAAGUCAAGGAGGCUAAUGUUCGAGUGUCUGUCAUUGGCCUUACAGCAGAGCUCCAUGUAUGUAAAGAAAUUAGCCAAGAGACAGGAGGAUCAAUGUCAGUUUCUAUGAAUGAUGUUCAUCUCAAAGAACUAAUUAAUGAACACCUGGAGCCUCCUGCUGCGUCCGUCAAGAUGGAUCACACACUUAUCAAAGUUGGCUUUCCUCAUCAGGUUAACAUUGAUGCCAAAGCAGCCCUUUGCAUGUGUCAUUUAGAUGAUCUUCCAGCCCUUAACACCAGGGGUUACUAUUGCCCUCAGUGCACUGCUAAAUAUUGCGAUCUGCCAGCUGAAUGCAGAGUUUGUGGUCUCAUGCUUGUGACUGCUCCACAUCUUGCACGGUCAUAUAGACACUUGUUUCCUCUGAAGCAUUUCAUAGAGGAACCAUCACAAAACACUUCUGCAACAAAUUGCUAUGGUUGUCUGAAGCCAUUCACAGACAGUUCUGCAGACAAAAAUGUAUAUAUUUGUGGGACCUGCAAGCAAGUAUUUUGCUUCAACUGUGACAUCUUCCUCCAUGAGACUUUGCACAGCUGUCCAGGCUGUGCUUCCAAUCCGUCAAUUUCACAGUACCAUUCGUCUUGAAAUAUCAUGAAGAUGUGCCCUUCUGUCAAAUAUGUAUAUUUCAUUUGGGUUUUUAUUUUUUAUAAUUAAUUUUAUCAUUAAAUUUUAGUUUUUCUAAUGAGAAAAUACUAUGCCCCCUCAAAUGUAGUACAGUCUUUUAUAUAUCAAAACAUAAAACAAAAGUAGAUUUACUUUUAUGGGAGAGGCAUGUGAUCUGUAAUCUUGCGAUGUUGAAGUAGUCGACUAAGUAAUGACAUAAUGACUGGAUUCCCCUUAUUGAUUAGUUCCUAUUGUAAUCACAAUAUUACAUUGCAUAUAUAAGUAAUCGUAUAAUACUGUAUGAUUUUUGGUAGUGUUAACUCAGUUAUAAAAAUAACGUAAAUAAGGGCACCAUCUCUUCCUUGAAACCAGAAUUUGCAAGUAAAAAGCACUGUACAGUACAGUAAUGUGGUGUAACAUACCUGAAUUUCAUAAAUAAUAUUUUAUGAUAAGCAUGAAUCAGAGAGAAACAAAUUAAUACCCCAUUGCAAGUGUUUAUACCUGUGAAUCAUAAAAUUUUGGAGCUACUUAAAUUGGUUAUAGUUUCCUGGGGAAAUAUGUAGGAAUCUUUUUAUCAGUAGUACUUAAGUAUGUAGUAAUGCAUUAAUAUGAAUUAUAGUAGUAGCAGCAGCAGAAGCUAUGCAACCAUUUGUAUUCUUUAAAGUUGAGUAAGCCAGGAUGACUGGAGUAUCACAACAUAAGAAACAAGGUGUGUAAAAUACAACUAACUUACUUGGUUAGUACUGUAUAAGCAAGAAGUGAUCAUAAAAUUUUACAGGUGUCUUGUUUCGAAUUGAUGGGGGAAGAGGGUAUUGAUGAAGGAAAUCAUAAAUAACAUGUUGAAGAUCUUAUGUUGCACAUUAAUAGUAAUGCUAUAAUAAAUUGUACACUAUUUAACAAAUUCUAGUAAAAUAAUAACAUUAUCUAAUUUCUCAUUAAUUUUUGAAGUAAGAUUUUUAGCUUUGAAGUUUUAAAAGUUAUUAAAUUUUACACUUCCCCUUUGUUCCUCAGCUUUGUCAUUUUCUGUGUACUUUGAAUUUUUAUAGAUGAAUUAGAAUAUGUGUGAAGUGUUACAAAGAUACCUUUUUAGGAUAAGAGUAUUACUGUUGAUGGUAAAUGCUAGCCUACCUCUUAUUGUGAUAUGGAUAGGUAUUAAACUUAUAUAUUUUU